CGGUCCCUCUCCGCCGGCCCGCCCGCCCGUAGGCCAGUCCCCCGCCCGGCAGCCCCGCGCUCGCCGCCCGACCCGGCCGGAGCGAUGUGCCCGGCGCUGCUGCUGCGGCUCCUGCUCUGGGGGCCGCUGCUGUGGGGGCGGCUCCGGCCGGUGCGCGGCCUCCGGCACAGCGUCUACUGGAACUCGAGCAACCCCAGGUUCCUGCAUGAAGACUAUGCUGUCCAGGUCUCCAUCAAUGACUACCUGGACAUCUACUGCCCGCACUACGAGCGCCCAGUGCCCGCGGGCCGGGCUGAGACCUUCAGCCUGCACAUGGUGGACACCGAGGGCUACCAGGGCUGCUACGAGACCCCUGGUGCCUUCAAGCGCUGGGAGUGCAACCGGCCCCACGCACCCUUCGGGCCUGUCCGCUUCUCUGAGAAGAUCCAGCGCUUCACGCCCUUCUCGCUGGGCUUCGAGUUCCAGCCGGGGGAGACCUACUACUACAUCUCUAUCCCCAGCCCAGAGAGCGCCGGGCGGUGCCUGAGGCUACGAGUGGCCGUCUGCUGCAAGGCAUCGACAACAAAGCCUGUGACAGAAGUUCCCAAAUCUCAGCCCCGUGGGAGAGGGGGGUCGGAGGGGCCCUUCUCCGUCGCCGACGCACCCGCUGCUGCCGGUCAGACGCCCGCCUCCAUCCUGGCCUCAUUGGCUCCUUGCCCCUGUGAAAUGGGCCUUUGCUUAUGGACGACUCCCAGAGACUCCAGCAGGAGGGACCCUGCCGGGGGGGCUGUUGCCAGGGGCCGGGGGGGACCUCCUCCCCACCUGGCACAUUCCCAAAGGCUCCGUGGGGAGUCGGAGGAUCAUUUUGGUUCUGGCCCUGCAGAGUUCGGCCCUGGACAGCACCCGGGAUUGACCCCCCCCCUUUCACUGGCAGGGCUGGACUGUCUCCCCGGAGCCCCGGCCCACCUUGGCCCCUGGUGCUGGGCGCCAGCCCGGUAAAGCCCCUCGCUCUGGCGAGGCUGAUCUGUCUUCCGUGAAGACGCCCCCUGGGCCGUGUACAGUUUCUAUUUUUGUAUCUGUGUUUAGCGACUGAGCCAACGAAUAAAGCAUUUGCAAGAGGC